AUGCUGGCGCGCUUCAAGCGUUCUCGAGACGGGGACGAAGUUAUGACUAACGAUGAGCUGCUUUCCCAUGCAUCAAGUAACAUAUUUGCAGGUAGUGACACGACAGCCAUAUCAUUACGCUCGAUGUUUUACUAUCUCUGCAAAAACCCGCGUUGCUACAAAGCCCUCAGGGACGAAAUCGAUGACAUGGACAGAAAAGGCCAGCUGUCAAGAAUCGUCACGUUUGCUGAGGCAAGUCGCAUGAAAUAUCUUCAGGCGUGCAUGAAGGAAGCUAUGCGUCUGCAUCCUGUUGUUGGACAACUUCUCGAACGCAUUGUCCCGUCGGAAGGCUUUGAGGUCCGUCCUGGCCUGGUUCUCCCGCCAGGGACUAUCGUGGGCAUUAACCCAUGGUCGCCUGGCAGAGACAGAGAAGUCUACGGCAGAGACAUUGACCAAUUCCGACCGGAGAGGUGGCUCGAGGCUGACGAUGCAGCUUUGCAGUUGAUGGAAAGAAACUUCCUGGCAGUGGGUUCUGGGGUCCUUCUUCUCAGUGGUCAUAUGAAAGCUAAUGUGUGGCAAUUUGGAUCCGGUGCGAGGACAUGCUUGGGCAAGAACAUUUCGCUCCUCGAGAUGUCGAAACUGGUGCCACAAAUUCUUCGCAACUAUGACUUGACUCUUUCUGAUUCAUCAGCCGAAUGGGUCUUGGCCGACUAUUGGUUCGUAAAGCAAAGCAAUGUCUUCUAUCGGCUGAAGCGGAGGAAAACAACAUAG